CCCACUGUCUCGCGCAGCCGUGGUCAACAGUACAGAGGAAGUAGCGAGAAGCUAUCCUACCCGACGAAACUAAGCGCUGCUUUUAUUGGGCUGUCUAUUUUCAGGCGUUAGUGAGUUAACUACAUUUUUGUUUCACUUUAUCGACACAGUAAGCCGCGUUUGCGCGGUUUUCAGUCGACGCAGCACGAGGGGAAAUAAUGUUUGGGAGUACUAGCUCUUGGUUGCUAACUUCGUAGCUAGCACGCUAACGAUCAGCUGUUGUUUUGGUCGUAGACAUAGCUGGCAAACAAACCCAGUUGUUUGGAAUUAAAGUAGAGGGUGACACCAACGUUUACCAGAACACACUUUAUUUCUUUAUUUUUUCUUUUCUUCUUUUUUCCAUGUCUUAAAAACGUUAUGAAGUAAUCUGUGGGUGAAUGGCGACAUAUAAAGGUGUACAGCUCUGACAAACUCGUCAGCGCCCACUCAGUCAGCUGCUUCCUGACAGGCGUCAACUCUGUGUGGGACUGGUCCAGCAGAGCGGUGGGUAAUUGAAUCAGCGAGAUUGUCUCAAGAUGCACGACGCGUACGAGUCGGUGCCUAUUUUAGAAAAGCUUCCUCUUCAGAUCGAUUGUCUUGCGGCCUGGGAGGAUUGGUUGCUUGUUGGAACAAAACCAGGGCAUCUCCUGCUCUACCGAAUAAAAAAGGAUGCAGGCACUAAUCUGUUUGAAGUGACUUUGGAAAAAUCAAAUAAGAACUUUUCAAAAAAGAUUCAGCAGCUUUACGUUGUCUCACAGUACAAAAUUCUAGUCAGUCUACUGGAGAACAACAUCCACGUCCAUGACCUCCUGACUUUCCAGCAGAUCACUGUGGUCUCCAAAGCCAAGGGAGCCACACUCUUUGCAUGCGAUCUGCAGCAAACCAGCUCAGGAGAAGAAAGACUCAGAAUGUGUGUGGCAGUGAAAAAGAAGCUCCAGCUGUAUUACUGGAAGGACAGAGAGUUUCAUGAGCUGCAGGGUGACUUUGGUGCACCAGAUAUUCCAAAGUCCAUGGCUUGGUGUGAAAACUCCAUAUGUGUUGGUUUCAAACGAGACUAUUACCUCAUCCGGAUGGAUGGCCGUGGCUCCAUAAAGGAGCUCUUCCCUACUGGGAAACAGCUAGAGCCUCUGGUUGCCCCACUGGCUGAUGGGAAGGUGGCUGUUGGGCAGGAUGACCUAACUGUGGUACUUAAUGAAGAGGGAGUUUGCACCCAGAAGUGUGCCCUGAACUGGACAGAUAUCCCUAUAGCCAUGGAGCACCAGCCUCCCUACAUCAUCGCGGUUCUUCCUCGGUAUGUGGAGAUUCGGACCUUUGAGCCAAGGCUGUUGGUGCAGAGUGUGGAGCUGCAGAGGCCUCGAUUCAUCACCUCAGCUGGGCCAAAUAUUGUGUAUGUAGCCAGCAACCACUUUGUGUGGCGCCUGGUGCCAGUUUCCAUAGCCAGCCAGAUCCGGCAGCUUCUACAGGACAAGCAGUUUGAGCUGGCACUUCAGCUGGCGAAGAUGAAGGAUGAUUCAGAUGGUGAUAAAAAGCAGCAGAUACAUCACAUUCAGAAUCUUUAUGCCUUCAAUCUGUUCUGCCAGAAAAGAUUUGAUGACUCCAUGCAGGUGUUUGCCAAACUUGGCACAGACCCCACACAUGUGAUCGGACUCUACCCAGACUUACUCCCAUCAGACUACCGCAAACAGCUGCACUACCCCAACCCUCUGCCUACUCUGUCUGGGGCUGAACUGGAAAGGGCUCACCUCGCUCUUAUUGAUUACCUGACCCAUAAACGCAGCCACCUUGUCAAACAGCUGAAUGACUCUGACCCUUCUACAACAUCUCCGCUCAUGGAGGGGACACCCACUAUCAAAAGCCGUAAAAAACUCCUACAGAUCAUUGAUACCACCCUGCUGAAGUGUUACCUGCACACCAACGUUGCGCUCGUCUCCCCCCUGCUUCGCCUUGAAAACAACCACUGCCACAUCGAGGAGAGUGAAUAUGUCCUGAAGAAGGCUCACAAGUACAGUGAGCUCAUUAUUCUCUAUGAAAAGAAGGGCCUUCAUCAGAAAGCUUUGCAGGUGUUGCUGGACCAAUCCACCAAGGCCAACUCUCCGCUGAAGGGCCAUGAGCGAACAGUGCAGUACCUACAACGACUGGGAGUGGAGAAUCUGGGCAUUAUCUUUGAGUUUUCCCCCUGGGUCCUGAAGAUUUGUCCUGAAGAUGGCCUGAAGAUCUUCACUGAAGACUUGACCGAGGUGGAGACUUUGCCCAGAGACAAAGUGCUGCAGUUCCUGAAGGAAGGCUUUGAGGAGCUCGCCAUCCCAUAUUUGGAGCACAUUAUUUAUGUGUGGGAUGAAAAGGGCCCAGAGUUUCACAAUGUGCUUAUUCAGCUCUACCUGGGCAGGGUGCAAGGCCUCAUGAAACAGUACCUCAACUCACUGCCAGAAGGGGUUCCUGCUGUUCCGGCAGGGCUGGAGAAAGGUGAACUGGGAGAGUUCAGGAAUAAGCUGCUGUCUUUUCUGGAUAUUUCUACCAGCUAUGAACCUGCCAGACUCAUCAGUAACUUCCCCUUUGAUGGUUUGCUGGAGGAACGGGCUCUGCUUCUGGGCCGAAUGGGAAAACACGAGCAGGCGCUUUUCAUCUAUGUGCACAUCCUGAAAGACACCCGCAUGGCUGAAGAAUACUGUCACCGACAUUACAACAGUUUAGUUGAAGGAAAUAAAGAUGUUUAUCUUUCUCUGCUGCGAAUGUACCUGUCACCUCCUGACGUCCACUGCCUGGGGCCCAUCAAGAUGGAGCUUUCUGAACCUCAGGCCAACCUCCAGGCUGCCCUGCAGGUCCUGGAGCUGCACCACAGCAAGCUGAACACCACCAAGGCCAUUAAUCUCCUCCCAGCCAAUACUCAGAUUCGAGAGAUCCGGGUCUUCCUGGAGAGCGUUCUGGAGGAGAAGGCUCAGAGGAAACGUUGCAACCAGGUGCUGAAGAGUCUGCUGCAGGCAGAGUUCCUUAGGGUGCAGGAAGAACGGAUCUUCCACCAGCAGGUUAAAUGUGUCAUUACAGAAGAAAAGACCUGCAGAGUUUGUAAGAAGAAAAUCGGAAACAGUGCGUUUGCCAGGUAUCCCAACGGCGUGGUGGUGCAUUACUUCUGCUGCAGGGAUCGCAGCGUGUGUCCCACUGAGCAGUAAAAGCUUCUCCUCUUGUUGGCUAAUAAAAACUUUCCCCGUUCUUGUGGACUUCACUGAUCGGACAUCUUUGAAGAAGAAACGUGUGAAGUUUGGCAGCACUCGGUAUCGGAAGCUUGUAAUCAAAGCACCUCACAGGGCGAUACUUCUAAAAAAAAAAAAAAAAAAAUUUUUUUGUCAUUUUCAA